AUGAUUGAGAUUCACCACUAUUAUGAGAAAGGGGAGAUAGGCUUCCUUGGUCCUACUUACCGGGAAGACAACACAACGUUGAGCUGUAAGUACAUUAAGGAGAGUGCAAAGCACCAGAGAAAAAACCCAUCUUCCUUGAUAGGGGGAACUCUCUCUUAUUGUCUUGCUAGCUUGCAACCAUACCAUCUUACAGACCCUACAAUCGGGACCUUCUUUCUUACCCUCAGGGGGGGAGACCGGAUUCCUUUCUUUCCUAUUUAG